UUUCUCUUUAACUUUGACCCGCCUCUGUUUCUUCUGUCUCUGCGCCUUAAGCGGAGGCCCAGUCCGUCCGGUUUGGUUUUACAUUGACUCUCUCUCUGUCUCUCUAAGUCUGAAGCAAGCAAGGAAGCUUCUCUUCACGCGGCAGCAAAAUGAAGAUUGCGAGCAGCUGUUUCUACAGUUGAGUGCGAAUAAGAUUCACUAUUGCUGCUGUUUGAGAGUUGACAAGGAACUGUGUUUGGUUGCUAAAGUCAAUGGUGGAUUUUUUUUCCAUCUGACUGAAUUGGUCCUGGUUACUCUUCGGAAGGGAGUGGAAGAAGGGAAGAGAUUCCUGCUUCAUAAACCUUAUUUCCUCUGAAAUCUUGAUGGCCUCAAAACAACCUGGUGCUAGACCGUCCUCGAGACUGCAACCAAAAGCAGCUGGUGUUCAAACGGUAGAAUCUGAUGAUCUCAGGCAAUUGCAAUUUCCCACACACAUUAUGAAAGCAACCAAAUCGGACCUGUUAGCUCCCGAGCAAGUCCUGAAAUCUCUACAAAAUUCAUCAAAGCCUGUUGCAGUAGAAGCAUCUGACAAUAAAAGCCCAGAGAAUUCCAAUCAAACAGGAUCUGCUGAUUUGUUGAUUACUAAAUUGAAUUCGAUUUCGUUGUCAGCCAACCUUGAUAAGUCAUCCAACGAAGUAGAUUCAGCUGUCAAUCAGACUAGAGGUUCACUGGAAAAUUAUACUGAUCAAGAAAAGAAGAUAUCAGGGUAUGCAAGUGUCAAGGACAGCUCUGUUUCUGCCAAGGUUAGCGAUGGAGCCAGCAGUAUUGCCAAGACCAGCGGAAGUGCCAAGAAUUUUGUUGAAAGUGGAAAGAGCAGUAUGUGUAGAGGAAGCACAAGCAGUGACGUCAGUGAUGAGAGCACUUGUAGCAGCUUUAGUACCAGCAUCAGCAAGCCACACAAAGCAAAUGACUUGAGAUGGGAAGCCAUACAAGCUGUCCGAGCAAGAGAUGGGGUUCUGGGUUUAGGUCAUUUCAGAUUGCUAAAGAGGUUAGGCUGUGGGGAUAUUGGCAGUGUCUAUCUGUCGGAGUUGAGUGGAACCAAAUGUUAUUUUGCAAUGAAGGUUAUGGAUAAAGAAUCUCUAGCAAGUCGUAAAAAGCUUCUUCGUGCUCAGACAGAAAGAGAGAUUCUACAAUCUCUGGAUCAUCCCUUCCUUCCAACAUUAUACACCCACUUUGAGACAGAUAAAUUUUCAUGCUUGGUAAUGGAGUUCUGUCCUGGAGGAGACUUGCACACGCUUCGGCAGAGGCAGCCGGGAAAGCAUUUUUCUGAGCAGGCAGUAAAAUUCUAUGUUGCAGAGGUCCUGCUAUCUCUGGAAUACCUCCACAUGCUUGGAAUUGUCUACCGUGACCUUAAGCCAGAAAAUGUCCUGGUGAGGGAAGAUGGACAUAUAAUGCUCUCUGAUUUUGACCUCUCACUCCGUUGUGCUGUUAGUCCAACUCUUGUCAACUCUUCAAUGGAGUUUGAGCCUUUGCGAAAAAACCCAGUUUAUUGUGUUCAGCCAGCUUGCAUUGAGCCGCCUUCCUGCAUCCAACCAUCCUGUGUAGCUCCUACAACGUGCUUCUCACCGCGUCUGUUUUCUAGCAAGUCCAAAAAGGACAAAAAACCGAAGAACGAAAUUGGUAACCAAGUACGACCAUUACCUGAGCUCAUGGCAGAGCCCACCGAUGCCCGGUCUAUGUCGUUUGUUGGGACUCAUGAGUAUUUGGCACCUGAGAUUAUUAAGGGUGAAGGUCAUGGAAGUGCUGUUGAUUGGUGGACUUUUGGAAUCUUUCUGUAUGAGCUGUUGUUUGGUAAGACUCCUUUCAAGGGUUCUGGGAAUCGAGCAACAUUGUUCAAUGUUGUGGGUCAGCCCCUGCGGUUUCCAGAAUCACCAGUAGUGAGUUUUGCUGCGAGAGAUCUCAUCAGGGGAUUGCUUGUAAAGGAACCCCAGAACAGAUUGGCAUACAAACGAGGGGCAACUGAGAUAAAACAACACCCCUUUUUUGAAGGCGUGAAUUGGGCAUUGAUACGUUGUGCAACCCCGCCUGAGAUCCCAAAGCCUGUUGAGAUUGAGCGGAUGCCUGUGCCAAUAAUAUCAUCGACUGAGAAGGAGAAGGCGCCUACCAUCAUGAAAUCAGUUCCUGAUCAAAAGGGUUCCGAUAAUUACCUAGAGUUUGAUUUCUUUUAGCAAUAGUUGUAUUGAUUUGAAAUGGUUUCUGAUAAAAGAUUUGUAUGUUUGUUGUUAUUGUUUGUACCUGUUGACACUUUCAAAAUUAAAUUGCAUAAUCAUUGCGUGAA